AUGGCAAAGGAGGAUCCUUUGGACAUGGCUCUGCCAGAUGAGGAUGGCUCUGGGGACGACUAUGAUCGGGAUGAGGACUUCGACGGGGACUAUCAGGGCGGCGAGGGCCUAGAGCUGAAGGGACCUGCGGAGUUGGCCAUGGACUUCGACGUCUUUGGCAGAUAUGUGCAAAGCUCGCAGACGGAGAAUGGCAAGCCGGUGUUCCUCGGGCCCAAAACCGAAGGGGCUCGGCCGAGUAUUGCUUUCACACUCGGCGGUGACGACAAGCCAACAUGGUGGAUCUGUGAUGCGUCCGGUGGCGAGUGUUUCUACGCUGAAUGCGAUGCCGAUCGUCCUCCAAGGACCGGAUGGCGAAACUAUUCUGAUGCCGAGGUGGAACUGGUGUUGGAGGCUUCGGGCUGCAUGUGGGACAAAGUACUUUUCCCUUCAUCUCCCGUGCUUUGCCGUGUCCACUUCAGCCUGCAGGGUGGAUGGGUUGAUGGCCAGGCAAAGAAGCAGGAGGGGAUGUAA